UAGUAGUAUAGAACGAAGUGUUAGUACUUGAAAAACGAAGAAAGAAUUGAUGGGGAAGCUAAGUCGUUGUAUGAGACCUAGCGCUAGCAAUGCCACUGCUCUGAUUGUUUGAUUCAUUUAAUCUGCCCUAAAUUCUUCUUCCUCAUACCAAUUUCACUUCUUUUGAUCAUAUUUAUCGCUAUUAAUAAUAUAUCAUCGCCAAAGAUCUCGAAUCCGAAGCAGCAAUCUACGUUUACAAUUUUCAAUUUUCCUGAAGACGAUACGAUUCAUUAGAAUUUUGGUUAGAUUGUUGUGAUGGAUUCAAGCAGAGAUUCAGGGGGUAGAGUUUUGAGAAACAGGGAUCUAUCAUCAUAUGCUCCAUACCAAAAAGAUCGCAGGGGUUUCCGACAAAGUUAUCUGUGUAAGAAUUGCAAGCGGUUAGGGCACUUUGCUAGAGAAUGUGCAAAUGAUUCAGUAUGCAACAAUUGUGGGCAACCAGGGCACAUGGCUGCUGAUUGUAAUUCGAAAACAAUGUGCUGGAAUUGUAAAGAACCGGGGCACCUGUCUACUGAAUGUAAGAAUCAACCUAUAUGCCAUUCCUAUGGAAAAAUGGGUCAUUUAGCGCGCGAGUGUCCGAAGUCUAGCGAUCCUAGAGUUUGCUGCAAUUGUUUCCUGCCAGGCCAUUUAGCAGCAGCCUGUGUCAAUGAAAAGGCAUGCAAUAAAUGCCGAAAGCCUGGCCACCUUGCUCGUGACUGCCUCAAUGAGCCCGUUUGCAACAUCUGCAAUUUAACUGGACAUGUGGCCCGGCAAUGUUCGAAUCCACUUCUCCCACCGCUUUUCCUACCACCACCAAUGCUUGGUGGUCCACCACUUAUUCGUCCUAUCAUUGGUGGCCCAUUUCAUGAUAUCUACUGUCGUAGCUGCACACGUCCAGGCCAUACAAGUCAUCAAUGCAUGUACAUGAUCAUGUGUGCUGCCUGUGGUGGUCGUGGUCAUCGGGUAUUUGAGUGCCCUUCUGGUCCAAUGCUUGAUAUGGUCUAUCAUAGAUUUUGAUUAAUUAAUGAAAUAUGAACGGUCAAAUUUAUAGCGUUUUUGUCACCUCCACCUACUAUGAUACAAAUACGGACUACUGAAUUGUAAACUUGAUAUUUUAAUGAGUUAUGGCCUAUAAAAUUCGCAGAUUACAGCUU